GAAAUACAGGCAGGUUCAUCUCUGCUCCAUGUUUGCCGAUCAUAUUCGAUCCCGCUAGGAGAGCUGGAGACUUGACUUCCGGUGUCGCUCGUAUUUGAGACUGGGUACGAAAUGUUGUGUUUACAUCGAUCCGCUCUAAACUCAAUUUUUGACACGUUGCCUUCCAUGUAAUACCUAACUGGAAAUUUGAGACUUUCCUCUGGUACAUCGUACCUUGGAUUAUUUAGUAAUGCUCCCGAUAAUCGAGGAUGAAGUGAAACGUUUUUACACCGAGCUCAACAUAGAAAAACCCAUUGUACAGAACCCAUUCAUUCACCGAUUAGUCAUCACUAGCUGGAAGAAAAAAAUUGAGAUUUUCCUAUGUUUGAUAUUCCUUUUCCCGAUUCGCCUUUUACUCGGUAUUUUGCUUUUUCUAUUUGCGGGGAUUUGGUGCUUUUUCACCACUGUUGGUUGGAAUCCACAAGAUUUAAAGACUCCCUUAACCCCAUGGAGAAGAUGGAUGAAGGACUUCCUUCCCGUUAUUGUGCGUUCAAUAUUGUUUGCCCUGGGCUUUCACAGAGUGAAGAUAAAAGGAAAAUUAGCUCUCCCAUCUGAGGCUCCUGUGACAGUGAUUGCUCCUCAUUCUUCCUUUUUGGACAUCCUGUUGUUGAGUGAAUAUGGAAAAGCUCCAUCAGGAAUUUCAAAAAUGGAAAAUCUCGACAGCCCCUUUCUUGGAGGUUUUUUUCGAUGUCUUGAGUGCAUUGGUGUUUCAAGAGAUAUCACAAAAUCCAGACAAACAGCUGUCAAGGAUUUACAAUACAGAACAAUCACUACAAGAGGCCAGUGGCCACAUAUAUGUAUUUUUCCUGAAGGUACUUGUACAAACAGAAAGUGCCUAAUAUCGUUCAAGCCAGGAGCAUUUAUUCCAGGAUGCCCUGUGCAACCAGUUUGUCUUCACUUUCCAGACUUAUAUGCUUGGACUUGGGAUGGACCUGGAGCGUUGAUAUUGGGCCUGUUACUCAUGUGUCAAGUGAAUAAUGAAGCUGAAGUAGAGUUUUUGCCUGUUUGGAAUCCAACAGAGGAGGAAAAGGAGAAUCCUAAACUGUAUUCAGAACGUGUGCAAAAGUCUAUGGCAAGAUGUUUGAAUGUUCCUGUGACUGGUCAUUCAUUUGAAGACACUUUACUAAUGGAAGCGGCAACAAAGCAUGGUUUACCAUCUGAAGCAGGAAUAAUUGAAUUUAAGGUCACUGCUACUAAACUAGGAGUAAAUCUGGAUACUGUGAAGGAACAUCUGAAAAUGUUUGCCGUCCUGGAUUCAGAUAAGGAUGGUUACAUUUCGUUGAAGGACUUUGCACUUCAUUACAAGUUGCCAACGUCACCACAAUUAAGGGAGCUCUUUUCAGUCUUUGACAGGGAAAAUAAAGGCGUCAUCAGCUUCAGGGAGUACUUAAUCGGAUCGGUUUGUUUAGCCAGGGUAGCAGCUAAGAAGGAGGUGGCUGGCAGCGCAUUAAAGGCUCUUCAAGAAUAUAGCAAACCGACGCGCAAGAUGAUUUCUAGUAACCAGCAGGAAAGUAUUCUCAAGAGCGUGGUAAAGACUAUUGAUGACACUUACGCAGACAACCAUAACGUGAGGAGUAGAAAUGAAGAGUUCCAAGAAUUUCUUUCCAAUCACGAUGAACUAACUGUUUUGCUGUCAAGUGUGCUACCUCCAGUUGAAACUGGUGUGCAAGAGUCCAGACUCAUCUAAGAAUUAUUACUAUCAAUGACUGCACACUGAUAGUUGGAAAUCUCGACUUUUGUAUGAAAAAUGUUUUUAUAGGACUGAGUUAUCUCAAAACUAAAUGAGCAGGGAUGUGAAGCAGGGAAUAGAGCUACAAUUUAUCACCUGAAUGUAUUUGUAAAGAUGUGAGAUUUGCUUACGAAUGAGGCGAAUGCAAAUAGAAGCUGCCCUGUGUUGAGCCCUGAAAAUUGGAGUCUUAACAACGUGCGUUACAAUCAUUAUUUAUCAAUUUGUUCAAAUGGGUACAGAAUUUUGUAAUAUGAAAAUAUGUCAUAAAUGCAGCCCAUGAAAGUGCGUUAAUUAUUUAUUAUUUAAUAGCCAUCAAAAUUAUUAUCGAGUGGCUAAAUGGACGAUCAGAUUAUUUAUGUAAUUUUGGGUUGAAUGUUAUUUAGACAGGGCAAAUUUCCGGAAUUUGACUUUUUUUUUAUUACAGUGUUCAUGAAAACGAAAAGAGUGCGAGAUCAAUGCGAUAAAUAUUUGAGGCCCAGUGCAAACUUACAAAUUAAUAGUAAUCUGUAAAAGUUUUUGUUUAUUUUAUUGAAGAGGAUUCAGUGGGACAAUUGCGAGCAUCGUCUCCAUUUAGUUUCCAUUCGCUCUCGAAGCAUCGUCUAUCUGAUUACCUUGUAGUAAUUCGCCAGGAGUUGUCCUUCUGGUUUAUUAUAAAGCAGCUUACAAAUUGAAUUUGUCGAAAAUAGAUUCCAAGUAAUUAGAGGAUUUUAUUUAAAAAAGAAAUCACAGAAUACUAAUCAAUGAAAGAGGUAAAUAAUAUUGAUAAGUGAUGUUGAUAAAUGAUAUGAAUAAAUAGUAUAUAAGACUAAAGUAAUUGACGAAAGCAGCUACUUGUUAGACACUGAGGGUAUUUCCUUGGUGUUGUAGGGUCAAGUAGUGUAAAAUCUAGAUUCAGGUUUCUUGGGUGAGCAGAAUUAAAUAAAAGGAGAAUGUUGACAGAUUUAUACAAUUAAUAGUACCUUGAAUUUAAUGAGAUUUGAUGAGAAUAAAUGAAAGAUUUGCAAGAAAAA